UUCUUAAUGUUGCCACCGGAAAAGCACCAAUGCAGUCUUCUGUGGCUGGAAGAGGUGUACCAGAGAAGGCUGUAGAUGGCAGCACAAGCACUUUCUUUGACUUUCGCACUUGUACGAUGACGAAGACAGAGAGAGAAAGAGCCCCCUGGUGGUAUGUAAAUUUGCUGGAGGUCUACGUGAUUCAGCUGGUGCGAGUAGAUUUUGGAAUGGCCUGUUGCUCAAAUGGUCAAGAAGCAACAGUUGUGGUGCGUGUGGGCAAUAAUCGACCUGAUCUUGGUGUAAACCCUAUUUGCAACAAGUUUACGGGUUUUAUUGAGGAGGGUCGUCCACUUUAUCUUCCUUGUGUGACCUCCAUUCCUGGUGCCUUUGUGAGUGUUCACCUAGAAACACCAGGUGGACAGCCACUGUCGAUCUGCGAAGUUUUCGUUUACUCGGACAGAGCAAUUCCCAUUGAGAGAUGCCCGUCAUUCAGGGACCAGCCACUAGGGGGCACUUCAACUUACAAUGGAAAAUGUUAUAUUUUUUAUGACAACCAACCAAAGACUUUCACGCAAGCACGUGAGUUGUGUCAAGUCCGUGGAGGGUCCCUUGUGGAUGAAACAAGUCCGGCCCUACAGGGAUUCUUGAGCUGGGAAAUGUAUCGUCGGCACAAAAAUCGUCCAACACCCAAGUUCUGGAUGGGUGCUGUCCGAGACCCACGAGAACCCAAGAACUGGAAAUGGAUUAACGGUAAUGACGUCACUAUAUCGUUCUGGAACCUUCCUGUAACCAAUCAGAACUGUUCGGCAUAUGAUGGAAGUAGAGGCUGGCUUUGGUCAGACACAGACUGUAAUGUGAACUUGAAUUUUAUUUGUCAACACAAGCCACGGGUAUGUGGACAACCUGAGAGACCACCCAACUCCACACUGAAUGUGUCAAGUUUUACAGUAGGAAGUGUGGUGGAGUAUGCAUGUGACCCAGGCCACCUGUUGAUGGGGCCCAGUACUAGAACUUGUCUUGCCAGCAGUUUUUUCAGUCAGUUUCCACCAAGUUGUCGAUACUUGGAGUGUGGUCCACCGGCAAGUAUUCCCAACGGAGGUUAUGAACUAUACAAUGGGACACGUUAUUAUCUGAGUUCAGUCCAGUACUUCUGCAACAAAGGAUUCAAACUUACAGGAAGGAGUUUAUUAACUUGUGAUGUAGAUGAGAAGUGGAAUGGACCUCCUCCCACAUGCACAAAGAUUCGAUGCCCUCUACCUCCAACAAUCCUCAAUGGACAGUUUACAUUACCAAGAAACUACACUAUUGCCCACACUGUGGUCCAGUAUUCCUGUAUUUUUGGAUAUAGCCUCAAUGGAAGUGGCAGUCUUGUGUGUAGUGAAGAGGGAGUAUGGGAAGGAGAUGUUCCAACAUGUGUUGCUGAUACAACAACUACAGAAGAAACAAGUAUACGGAUUUCUACACUAGAGUACAACACCUUACUCCCCACUACCCAAGUAUUAACUGAUACAGUAACACUGAAUACUGAUAAUGUGGUCCCUCUUCUGGAACCAAGUACCACUAAUACCAAUGUAGUGACUACUAUCAAGGAAUUUAGUACAAAUGUAGUGACCACUACCGAGGAAUUUACAAAUGUAGUGAUCACUACCGAGGAAUUUAGUACAAAUGUAGUGACCACUACCGAGGAAUUUAGUACAAAUGUAAUGACCACUACCGAGGAUUCUAGUACAAAUGGAAUGACCACUACCGAGGAAUCUAGUACAGAUGGAAUGACCACUACACUGGAAUCCAGCACCUAUAGACCAACAUCUACAGAUAUUUUGUCCACAACAGAAUUUUCCACUUCUCCACAAACCAAGAUGUCUCAUCAUCAUCUCAUUCCAUCUACAGUACAUCCAACUUUUCCUCAGAGCACUAAGAUGCCAACUUUCACUUUGGAUUCUCGGGCAAAUGAAAUCACCGAAUCGGAUGACGUUAGAGAAACUUCCUCCAAUGUGUUGGGAAAAAUAGAUCAACAUGUGGAACCUGCAAAAGCAACAUUAAAUACAGGAGGCUACAUUGCUCUUGGGGUUUUUGGUGGAUUUAUUUUGCUAAUUGCAUUGACCACCAUCCUUAUAAUUGCUGUCAGAAGGUUACGAGACAAACCAUCAACUUCUCGUUCAAUGGAUAGUCUUGCAAGCUCUACCUUCAGCAAUAGUAAUGGUGACCAUGGCCUAAAUAGGUAUUACCAGCAUGCUUGGGACAACCUUAGAUAUGGUAUGAAGACCUCAACAUCACCUUCAACAAAGUCCUCUCCACAGCAACCCAGUCAUCACCAUCAGAUUUUGUCUCGUCAAGAAACUCUGGACAAUCCAAACGUCCCAGGUAGAGGUAGAGGAGGUUUGGAGGAGUAGAAUAUGACCGUGUUACCAUUAGGAUGCAGACAAACAGUAUCAGAUGCUUGGAUCCUCAUCUUCAUAAACAGAGAAAUAUUGGUACAUCCUCUUUUAGUCAUUAUAUAUUUACACAACGACUUUUUAUUAUACUACCUCAGUCAGAAUUUACCAUCUUUUUGUGUGUAUAUUAAAAUAUAUAUAUAUUCAUUUAUUUAUAAAUAAUAAAUACAAAUACAUUAAAUUUGCCUUUUUUUCCGUUUACAGUCAUUGAUUUUUUCUGGAUGCAGAACCGUAAAUUCUAAGAUUACUCUUUAAGUUUGACACAACAUAUUUAAUUGUUGGUGGCAGUUCUUUCUUCAAGACUAAUUAUUGGAUACUGAGUUUGUCGAAACUGACUGAAAGAUCGUAUUUAUUGUGAAAGAUAUGCCAAAGUUUCAGGUUUUUUUGUUGUAUAUAAAAGUGUAUGUUUUCGAUCUAUAGACGUGUCCAGUAUAUUUCUUAGAAUGAUAGUCAUUUUGUGAUCAAACAAUAUACAUUGUUACUUGAACAAGGUGGAAUGUUCACAGUUUGUAUUUAACGUUUUUACCUCACGAUUUAGGACAAAAAAAGAGUUAGGAGUUUGAAUGGUUUAAUUGUAAACAGUAUUUUAUGUUGGAAAAGUGAAAUGCGUGAUUUUGUCCAACAUUGUUGUGUAUAAAACAUUACGUUUGUUCUACUGGAUUUAAUUUUGUAUAUAUUUCUACUUAUAAUAAAGGUUCUCUGUAUACUAAAACUGUGUUCUCUGAAACACAAACAUGUCUCU